GCUCCCGCCGAAUGCAGCUUAUAUAUCUUUGUUACAGUUUUCAAUUUCAAGAAACAAAAACAGAAGAAAAUUAUUUCGGAUCGACCACCGCGAUUCCUUCCAAACGCGGUUGCAAGGAGAAGAGAAAUUCGUUGGGCAAUCGGAUUGUUAGCUAAUCGUAUGAAUCUGCUUCGCAAUCGCCCGUGGAGUUUAAUUUCGAGAAUGACCCAAGAAAUGAACAAGGCCGAUGUCCGACCGUCUGCUACAGCCACCGCCACACCAACUGUAGCAAAGAAGAGAUCGUUGUGGCCUUCUGUGUUACGUUGGAUCCCUACUUCCACCGAUCAUAUCAUUGCCGCAGAGAAGCGUCUUCUCUCGCUUGUCAAGACUGGAUAUGUUCAAGAGCAAGUGAAUAUAGGUUCUGGUCCACCUGGCUCCAAAGUUAGGUGGUUUCGUUCUGCAAGCAAUGAGCCAAGGUUCAUUAAUACAGUCACCUUUGACAGCAAAGAGGGUUCACCGACUCUUGUUAUGAUUCAUGGAUAUGGUGCUUCUCAAGGUUUCUUCUUCAGGAAUUUUGAUACACUAGCCAGUCGUUUUAGGGUUAUUGCUAUUGACCUGCUUGGUUGGGGCGGAUCAAGCAGGCCUGAUUUUACAUGUAAAAGUACUGAAGAAACUGAGGCAUGGUUUAUUGAUUCUUUUGAGGAAUGGCGUAAAGCAAAAAACCUUAGUAAUUUUAUACUACUUGGGCAUUCUUUUGGAGGAUAUGUUGCGGCUAAAUAUGCUCUGAAGCAUCCCGGGCACAUUCAACACUUAAUUUUAGUGGGACCUGCGGGAUUUUCAUCAGAAGCAGUUGAUCAGUCUGAGAGGUUUGCUCAGUUUAGAGCAACAUGGAAAGGAGCUAUUUUGAACCAUUUGUGGGAGUCUAACUUCACUCCUCAGAAAAUCGUGAGGGGUCUAGGUCCUUGGGGUCCAAAUAUUGUACGGAAGUAUACUACUGCUAGAUUUGGUGCAUAUUCAUCUGGGGAUGUAUUGACAGAAGAGGAGUCUAGACUGCUGACAGAUUAUGUGUACCAUACUUUUGCUGCCAAGGGUAGUGGAGAACUCUGUAUGAAAUACAUCUUCUCAUUUGGAGCAUUUGCUCGGAUGCCUCUUUUGAAAAGUGCAUCAGACUGGAAAGUACCAACUACCUUUAUAUAUGGUGUUCAAGAUUGGAUGAACUACCAAGGGGCCCAAGAAACUCGUAAGCAAAUGAAGGUUCCAUGUGAAAUUAUCAGGGUUCCCCAGGUUUGUUUCCCUCUUUCAAUGUAAGAAUAAAAACCGUAGGAAGGCUAUUAUGCCAGAAACAUUUUUGCCUUUACAAUGGGAAUCUCUGUUUUUAUUUGGAAAUGGACUUUAUUGCUCUCAAACACAAAUGAUAACCCAAAACCAUACCCUCUUCUUCUAGACUCCUUAUCUUUCCAUUUUCUAUGCAGGGUGGCCAUUUUGUGUUCAUUGACAACACAAAUGCAUUCCAUUCAGCCAUGUUCUACGCAUGCCGGAAGUUCCUAUCUCCAAAACCUGAUAAUGAAUCCUUUCCUGAAGGCCUGCAAUCAGUGUAGACAAGUGUAUGUUGUUCUUUCCCAAAGAAUCACAAGGAAUUUUUUUCAAAUAGUUAACACUCCUUUGCACUUGUUCUUCAUACAUAGCACAUAAAUGUAAGUGCUUUUAGGUAGUUCCCUCACUUGUAUAUACAUUAAACUGAAUCUUCUCCCUUUUUCCGAUAAUUAAACCAUUUUCACUGAGAAAUCAAUAGCCCUUUUACCCCUUUCUGUAUUUGUUAGUGUGGACAGUACUAUAGCCUGCUGGCUAAAUUAAAAGAGAUCAAUUGAU